UUGAUGUAGAGCAAUGCGAAGUGUUGAGUAGAUCUUUUAUUUGAAAUUUUAAAAAAAUUAAUUAAAAAUUCGUUUUUGCCAUUCGGUUUUCAAAGAAAAUUUAUUUUUUAAAAUACUUUAUUUAAAAGCAAGUGUUUACUUUCAAAUAAAAUUUAGCAUCAAAACAUUUUAAAAUAAUAUAUGUACAUUUUGGAAUAUUGUCACUAGAUUUAAAGGCAAAAAAGAUAAAUUGCAGAUUUUUGGAACAAACCGAGCUUUGUUUUUCUUAAUAAAAUUUCAUUUUUUGAAAUAAAAAAUUGGUUGGUACAUUUUUAAUAAAAAUGAUGAUUCAAAGACCUUUUUCAUCUGGGAGUCGCCAAGCUCCGGAUCCGCAUGAUAAUUUUUUAGAGCAAGCUGGAUUUUAUCGAAAGCACACAGCAAGAGAUUCAUCAUGUCUGUUUCGUGUCAUAUCUGAACAGAUGUAUGAUACACAAAAUCAUCACGCGGCAGUACGUGAAACUUGUGUUUCUUAUAUGAGAAACAAUAAACUAUAUUUUCAGAAAUCGUUAAAACAAUACGUUUUCGAUGUCGAUAUAGAUGAAUAUUUGGAUGAACUAUCUAAAUCUAAAACAUUUGGUACAUUAUUAGAACUUGAAGCAGUAGCACAUAUGUUUGCGAGGAAUGUAGUAUUGUUUCGACCUCUUGAACUUGGCCGCUGGUUUUUCUAUAAUCCCAAUUUUGAUAAAACUUUUCAAGUUUUUGUAUCGCAUGAUCGUCAUUUCGAUACAGUUUAUGCUUAUAAUUUUAUAGAAGAUGCUGCUUUUUGCCAAUCUAUUGUUUACGAACUCUUAUAUAAGCAUGUUUUUAAAUUGCCUGAUAUAACUUAUGCUGUAGAACGUAUGUUACAUGCAACAUCUUUCGAAGAAAUUGAUAGUACAAGUGAAGGGUUAUAUUGUCGUAAAAUAUUUCUUAAAGAUGGGCGCACAUUUGAAUUAGAUAUGCCUGAAAAUACUGAUUGUAUUUUAAAUAAUUACGAGUUAUGUCAUUUUCACAAUCCAAACUUCCCCGGGCUAGCCCAAAUGCUACAAAAUGAAGUAAAUAAAUUUGAUCCAUCAUAUGCUAGUGAAACGAAAAUAAUAUCACCUCCUGAGUAUUGGAGUCCAUAUGAAACUCAGCCACCAUGUUUUUAUCCAAACAACCACGAAAAUGUAAUCAGUGAUAACGACUUGUUUGAUGGCAAUUCGCAUUUAAAGCAGUUAGAUUCUCUUUUACCAGAAAAGUAUGUUUCUUGCGUGCGUCAAUUACUUUAUGAAGGUAUUACACCUUUUCCAUAUAAAGUAGCAAAAGCAUUAGAUCCAGAUAUGUAUCGCAAUAUUGAAUUUGAUUCUUGGUCUGAAAUGCGAAAGGAGCAGCGAUGGAAAAAUUGGUACACUGGUGGUAAUAGCUUACAGGUUGGAGUUAAGUGUCAGGUAUAUUUGAGAAAACAAGAUGAAUUUUACACUGGUUACAUACAAGAAAUGCCUGAAACCAAAAAUGAACCAUGCAUAGUUUUUAUAGAAGAUUUGGGGGAAAAAAGAUCUGUUCCAUAUGAUUGUUUGAAACCCUUGCCACCGGAUCAAGUAAAACCAUGGCCGUUACCAUAUCGAUGGCAAAAACAAUACGAAAAAUUCCAGCAACAACAAUCCCAAAUGUAUAGUCCAGCAAAAUUUUUCAAACGCUUCACAAGUCAUACAUCAAAAUGUAAGAUCGCUGAAUUCGAUUACAAUGUUAUGAAUUCAUGUCAAUUAGAAAAUAGUAUCUGCGAAAAAGAGAAUGUGAACUUGAAGCUGAAGCAAUAUUGUAGUUUAGAUAAUUUUACUUCGACUAUAAUUUCUAAGCCGAUAGAAAUAAUAGCAAUGCCUUUAAAUGUUGAGAGCGAACGCACACCUCUUAAUAAUAACGCACAACGAAACCAGAAUAAUAAUUCUGAAUUAAAAUCUUUAGAUUCAGCAAUAAACAACAAAGUAGACGAAACUGCAAGCCGUUCUCCUUCAGCGCAACAUACGUCACAACAAGAUCGCGGAGAAGUAAUAGAACCAACUUGUUUAGUUGAAAAUAAUAUGAUACUAGAAUCAAAUUCGGCAAUGGCAACUGUUGUUGGGAAUGACGCCUCAUGUCCUUAUCCUCUAUACAACUACUAUACUGAACCUUAUUACGCCUAUCAUCCUUUUGAUAAUAGUAUCAUACAUGCAACUAGUGGUGGGCACUCUUAUUAUUGCGUUGUCCCAAAUCCGACAUCUAAUGUUAUUCCGCAUACUGCACCGCCAAAUAAUGUUUUUAUGUCACCUGGUUCAGCGGUUUCAUGCGGCUCGACUGGGGGUGUAAACAAUCACAUAACAAGUUUGGGAUAUUACUCGUCUUCAGGAGCAUUCUUCCCUGCUUCUGCCAUUCCACAACCAAUCAUAAAUCCAUCGGCUUCAAAUGGCCGCCAAGUGUUGAAUAAUAAUUCCAAUAAUGUAAAUUUUGCGGUUCAGAAAUCUGUGAUGGAAUGUGGGGCGGAUUUACCGAAAGAUGUUGCAACCCUAAGAUUCUUCUUCAACUUAGGUUGGGAUUACUACAAUGAAAUCAAUGACGAAAAAAAUAAAGAUUCAGGAAAUCGAGCUUCCGAUUUAGCAAUAGAUUUCCAAAAAAUUAAAAUUGAAAACGAUAGUUCGAAUCAGGAAAAAGCUGAUUCAAACAAUAAUAUUGUAACUAGUAAUAAUUCUUUGAAUGAAACAACUAGUAAUGAUCAAUACUCUUCGUACCAAAAUUCAUCUCAAAAUAUUACCAAUAACAAGAACAGCCAUCCAAAGUAUAAUACCAAUAAUCGCGAAACUAAACACUUCACAUCGCGCUGUUUUAAUAAUAGAAAACCGAAUAGUUAUAAUAGAGGUAACGGAAAUAGUAAUGCCCAUCGUUUUUCACAAACAUCGCAAAGUUCUAGGAACAUCAAUAACAAUAAUACGCAUAAUUCUAAGAAUGAUAAUCGUAACUUGAAUGCAAACUGUGCUUCUAAAAUGAAUAUUCAAAAAAAUGAUUGUUAUCAGAAAGUGAACAAUAAUAGUUACAAUUGUAAUUAUGAGUUGGAAAGCUCAAAUGUAACGGAGAUUCAAUCCGGUAACAAAACUAAAGAAACUUUUGAGGUAGCUAGUCAUCCUUCUCCGGUAUCUAUUUCUGAGAAUAUGGACACUGUUCAGACGGUUACUCAACGAGGUUUUCUAUCCGCAUCUGCUCCAGCAACUCCCUAUACUAUGCCUUAUAAUCAAGAUAAUUCGACUUAUGCAAAUGAGCAAAUUUCUACUAUUCCAGUUAACGGUACCAGCCCAAAUGGCAAUAUUUUCGUUCCACAGGUUAUUGCGCCAGUUCCGUUCGGAAUGUGUCAAACAGUACCACCGCCUUCUGCAGUAACGCAAUCAUAUAAUACGAUGCCUCAAAAUAGUAGUGUUUUACACAACCCGAGUUACUACCUUUCGCCAGGACAAAGCGGACCGAUAAACACUUCGCAUCCGCCACCUCCGCUGCCAACUACAACUGUUCCACCACCGCCGCCACCACCUCCACCAACUGGUGGUGUACCCUUAUUGCAAGCAGCUGCUUAUCCAAUGCAAGCUUCACACUUACAACAAAGCUAUUAUUACCCUUUUCCAACACAAACAGCUGGUUCUGUCAAUACUGCAGCAAGUGAAACAUCAACUUCAUCAAUGGGAGGUGGCGGAGGCGAUUUUAAUUUAAUGAAUUACACCCCAGAGCCAAACGGGUCUUACCCGUUAAUGAAUUUUCCUGUUUAUUACACUCCUACUAAUAACAGUGCAUUGACUCCUACUACAAAUAAUGGCAGUGGACAUAUGCAAAGUGGAGGACCAGUUAGUGGAAAUGCGUAUCAGGGAUAUUGGUUAACAACUGCUACUAUUCCGCCACAAGUAACUGUAACAACACCUACAUCUAACAAAAUAAAUUAUAGUGCUAAUUCGAAUGUUUCACAUUAAAUUUUGAUGAAGUAUUUAUUCAGCUUAUUGUGAUUUAAAUAUUGUUUAAAACACUAAGCUUCUUAUUAUUGUUGGAAAUUUUUAAAAAUAAAAAUUUUACAUAUAUAUCUAUUAAAAACCUUACAAAUAUUAAGAGACUAUUUUUCAAUAAUUAUAAUAGUAACAUAAAAAACAUUAUAGCAAUUAAGUAAUUUUAACUAAGUUAUUCAAAAUAGUUUAACAAUUUUUUUUGGAGCAAUUUGAGAAGUUAUAGGAAAUUAGUUUUUAAAUAACAAUAUACACAUAGCUUAAUAUAUUUUACAUUCCGUUGUUUAGAUAAGCAUAUUAAAUAAAUUAAAAAAGCCUUAAAACACUAAGGGGCAUACAAAAAAAUGUAUUGAUACACAUUUGGUGGACUAUUCAGGUUCUAAGAAUGAUGUGAUGAAUAGUGCAUGAGAAGCGCAUCGAUGCAUUUUUGAAUUUACGCAAAGAAAAUAAGUCUAUUAUAUGUAUGAGUGGAUCUUUGCAGCAUAUUUUUUAGUUUGGAAUACUUUUUUAAGGGUAAUUGAAAAUACAAAAUUUGUAUAAAAAUUUUUAACUAUAAAAAGAAGAGUAAUUAUAAAUUUGAAAAUUUUCAUAGCCCAAUUCAAAUUUGGAAGUUUUAAUACAUUUUUUUUUUUAUGUAAGUUCGAUAUUAAGCAACAGUAUUUACAUUUAAAUUAUUCUGCAUUUGCUAUUUUCAAUGUUAUGUCGAUGUUAUUAAAUUUAUAAAUUUUAUUCUUCAUCCAGUUUUUAAAAUUUAGAAAAUGAAAAUAUUGGAAAAUAAUAAUUAAAAUAGAAUGUAGAAUGUAAUAAUUUUGUAACUAUAAUGUAAUUAUUUUCAUCUUUUGUUAAGUAAAUGUAAUAGUAGU